CUUCCCUAUCUAUACCACUUUCUUUGCUAUUUUACCUCAAAUUUGGCAAUGACAAGUUUGGCAUCACCCUUCCUCUUCUUUUGAUUUUCUUUUUUCUUUUCUUUAUUACUUUUAUAUUCUCAUUUCUUUUAUCAUUAUUAGCUUAAUAUUACAGCUUAAUUUCUUUGUAAAUCUCAUUAAUAUUGGUCGAUAUAUGGUGAAUAAGAGAUUUGAACUCGAAAUUUUUUAAGUUUUUAUAAAUAAAAAUAAUAAUGGUAUCAAUUUCUUCCUAUUAGUUUUUUUAGGUUAGUGUUUGAGGAAAUAUAAAGAUAUUAUUUUAUAUAUUAACAACUUUUCAUUUGACUAUUUGCUAUUGAAUAUUGCACUCACAUACAAAUAUGCGUCCACCUUUUUUUAAAAAUUUUUUUUUUUGCUUUUUAGUUACAAAUCUUUUCAUGUUAAUUAAUUAAGUAACAUGAAACGAUGCCUAAGAAAAAGUACCAAAAGAGGCAAAAUAGCCACUCCCCCAAGCAAGCAAUUAAACCUACCUAUUAUGGAUAAUUCCUAGAUUUAGUAUCCUAUCUGUCACCUUUCCUAAUUCUAAUCACACUUUCCUUCAUUAGAACCUACAGAAUCCUUAUCAAUUCAAUACACACAUACUUACAUAUACAUGUGCUCACUUCUUUUCCUUUCUUCUUCUUCUUCUGCAAAUGAACAUCUGAACUAUUUCGUUUUGUCUUUUUUCGUUCAAUCUCAUAGUAAUACCAAAUACAAUAAAGAUAGGGUUGAUGCCACAAGAGAGGAGAAAGAUGGGUAGAGGGAAAAUAGAGAUAAAGAAGAUUGAAAAUUUGAAUAGCAGGCAGGUUACAUUCUCAAAACGCCGUAAUGGGUUGCUGAAAAAAGCUAAGGAAUUAUCAGUUCUUUGUGAUGCAGAAGUUGCUGUCAUUGUUUUCUCUGGCACAGGAAAGCUCUAUGAAUUCUCCAGCACUAGCAUGGAACACACUCUCUCAAGAUAUUAUAAAGGUCUGGAUUCUGAAGGUCCUGAGCAUCCUCCUGGUAACCAUGGAACAGAGCAUUCACAAUCAGCAGACAUGAGGUCACUGAAAGAUGAAGUCUCAAAACUACGGUUGAUAUGCUUGCAGAUGAUGGGUCAGCAGCUUGAUGGCUUGAGCUUCAAAGACCUUCAGAAUUUAGAACAUCAACUAAGUGAUGGAAUACUUUCUGUUAAGGAUAAAAAGGAACAAGUCCUUUUGGAGCAACUUAAAAAGUCCAGAUUGCAGGAAGGGAAGGCAAGUCAAGAGAAUGAAGCACUGCCAAAACAGGUUGAGGAGCUUCGACGAAGCUCACUAUCCAAAUCUCCAUUCCUGGAAUUUAAUCCUUCAGAUAGGAAGUUUUCCCUUUCAAGCUGUAAAGAUGAUUGUUAUCCACAGCCGGAGCAAGUUCAUGAUGAUGACGAGGACCCCGAGGAUGGUGUUUCAGACACUUUGCAGCUAGGGCUGUCAUGUGAUGUUUAUGGCAAGAGGAAAGCACCAAAGAUUGAAGAAACCUGCAAUGAUUCUGGUAGUCAAGUGGCUUCGGAGUUAUUAUAGGAUUCCAUCCUCACGACAAUCAGACAGAAGCUUUUUGUAGUUCAGUUUAUCCGAUCCUUAGAAGAUUAAGCGACAAAUUUUAGAAAUUAAAGAGAGAAAGCAAAAAAAAAAAAAAAGGGUUUUUAAACUUUAGACAUAGAUUCUCUUAUUUCUAUCAGGUUUCAUGUAAGAGUUUCAUCAAAUAAAGGCCAUGUACAAUAUCUUUCCAACUGAAUACUUGAGAAUUAAAUGAAAAAUGGCAUUGUGCUAAUUAAGUAAUUCAUUAAAAUUAGCUAUCAAUCUCAAACUCAAAUGCCAUUUUGCU